ACGCUUCUUCGUGGUUACCUUCUUCGGCAGCAUCAUCUGGAUCGCCAUAUUCUCUUACCUGAUGGUCUGGUGGGCCUCCACUGUGGGCGACGUCAUCGGUAUCCCUGCUCCGGUAAUGGGACUGACUAUCCUCGCUGCCGGCACGUCGGUACCAGAUCUUAUCACGUCCGUCAUCGUCGCAAGGAAAGGUUUUGGAAGCAACAUCUUCGACGUGUACUCUCUUCCUUUAAUGUCUUCGUCUGUUGGUAGCAACAUCUUCGACGUGUGUGUGGGGCUGCCAGUGCCGUGGCUCAUCAGCGCCCUCGUUGACGUCAUCAAGAACUUCAUAAAUAAGAAGGACAGUCCGUUCCACAUCACGCCCAUCUAUGUCAAAUCUGAUGGCAUCGCGUGCUCCGUGAUGCUGCUGUUCUCCAUGCUCAUGUUCGUCAUCAUCUCGAUCGCUGUGAGCAAAUGGAAGAUGUCCAAGGGAUUAGGUGUCUUCAUGUUCGUACUUUACUUCAUCUUCGUUGCUGUGUCGCUGCUUCUUAGCUACGGCAAGAUUACCUGCCCAAUAUAAGCGUUAACUUUACCACACUUCGACGAAAUGGGACGCUACUCGACGCUCGGUUGUUGAGGGUUGAUACCGAGCGGCCAACCUUUUUGUGGUUUCUGAGGGGGGCUUUUGAUGGUUUACUGAUGCACACCAUCGAGUUCUAAGUAUUUUAUUCUAAAAUCAUGGAGCUCUCAGCAUUUUAUCUAAAACCAUGGAGCUCCGAGAGUUUCACUGUUAAGGAAUUCUCUUAUUGUUAGGACGACAUAUCUUCGUGAGAGGCAAUCCAAGUUGUCAGUUGAGAUCAAAGUAGUCAGAAAUUUACCUGCUAGAGGAUCAUUGGACAUUAGAUCUUUGUUAACACCGCAAUGAAAUGAUUAAUAGUUUAUUUCAGUAUCAUGUAAUCAUUGUUUUUCACUUGUUUCUAUAGUUUAUUCGGGUAUCUCAGGUAAUUUAGUUUAUUGUACACGGUAGUAAAUAUUUCUUUACUUCACCACAGACGUCAUCGUUAGAAAUUGUAUGAAUUAGCGGCCAAGUCUGGCACAACCAUGCACAAAUAUAGGCGUCUAUAAGGUCUUAUGUAUUUAGGUGGGAUAUUGCCGUACCCUGAAUUUACCUUAUAUGUGAAAUUAAUUAUUAGUGCAUAUUAGAAGAUCUUCGUAUAUUUAUAGUAGAGCCCUUCAUUUAAAUAAUUAAAC